AUGAUCGAUCGGAUUCCCCCAGAAAUCACUGCCACGAUCCUCGCGCAUCCCGGCAUAACUCCCGAGGAUCUCCUCAGCCUCGCGUGCGUCUCUCGUCUCUUCAAUACCUUUGCCCUUCGCGAGUUCUUCGUUGGGCGUGCGGCGCUAUAUGGCGACGUUGACACCCCGCAGUGGAUGUCCUAUCCGGAUAGAGCCCCAUGGGUGAAAGUGAACCCCGAGGGCAUGGCUCUAGUAUUCCGGGCGCUGACCAUCGCACUGGACGUAACGUGGUGCGAAGGGAUUGAAGCUAUAUGCAGCGAUGUACGAGAAAUCAGGAUGGUUACAAAGCUAAUAACGCGCCUGGCGAUCAAGGGUAUCGCUCUCAACGUAAUCGUGAUUAGUAACGAUGUGCUAGACAAGAUCGGAGCUUUGGUGGUAGCGGCCAGUCGUUACCCUCUGCGGCGACUGUCUAUCAAUUUUCCUGCGAAGGAGUUUUGGGGGAGUGAUUUGGACGUCAUCUCAGAGGAAGAGCUGGCUGGUGUUAUGUCCAGAACAGUCACUCCGAGGUUGAAUCGAUUUCAUACGCAGCCGGCUUAUGGUCCUUCGAUGGAGUCAAACCGAUUCAAAAUGGGGUAUGAGCAAGGUGGCUUCUUCAAACGCCUCCACCCGUUGACAACUCUGACCGAGGCAACGUUCGACUCGCCUAUCAUGCUCAUGCCGUUUACGGCUCGCUGGCUUAUUGACUCUCUGAACGCUUCGAGCAUCGACACCUUUGAGCUUGGCGACAAGAUUGCGACGGAUGCGAGCUGUUGUUGGAAUCACGUUCUCCAGUAUCUCGCUCUGCCUCGCCUCAAGGUCCUCAUGCUGAACCUGAAAGUUGACAAACAUGGUCUUUUCUACGACUUCAUCUCGCGACACCCGGGUGUCGUCGACCUCUCCUUCCGCGAUCACGACUUGAGCGAUCUGCGUCUGAGCCCAGAUGCAAUUCCCCGACUCUCAAUCCUGCGUGGCUCUCCCCGUGCUCUUCAGGGAUUCAUAUCCACACAUAGUCUCACACAGGUCACCCUAGUCGAGAUUUACGUGACGUCUGAAAGCUUUCGAGAAUGCCUAGCGCAGCUUGCAGCUCCCACAUUCAACCACGGCAUCAAGCUUAAACUUAGUUUCAAAACGGUUCAUCAAGCAGUUUCCCUCCUGCCACCAUCCAAGCUAAAGCCACGGAAGCAUGUCCAAAUAGUGACCGCCCUCGAGAUUAUAGCCAACCGCGAGGUGGUCUCGCCUUUCGAUAUCGCACGCCUUCCGGUCUACGCGACCCUCCUUCCCCCCUGGUUGGCAUUCUUCCCAAAUGCCCAGACGCUCGACUUGGACCUUUGUUCGAAGGAGACUGCAGAGAUAUCGUUGUUACAGCAUUUGAUCACAGGCAUACAACAUAAAGCCUCCCAAGUACAAGCCUUGAGCCUGUACUCCGGUGGGCCAAGGCGAACUCCAUUGGAAUGGAUGGAUUGGUACGGAAAGAGAAGGUAA